AUGGUUACGUUGGCUGGACACGCGGACGCAGUUGUGGGUGCAGUAUGGCUACCAAAUUCUCCAAAAGAAGUUGCAACAGUUUCAUGGGAUCAUAAAAUAUCCAUUUGGGAUCUCGAGCUUGCAGGUUAUCGCGUUUUUCAUUAG